UUUUAAAUUUUAACUUUUCGGUGUGGAUUAUCUCUCUGGACCGCGCCGGACUUGGUUUCAGCGAAGCAACCAAGGCUGCGGGGGAAAGUUACUGGUGCCGGAAAGUUCUGCUCUUCAGAAGGGGGUCCCUGCCCUCUGUUCUCCUGAGCGCUCUCUCUCUCUCUCUCUCUCUCUCUCUCUCUCUCUCUCUCUCUCUCUCUCUCUCUCUCUCUCUCUCUCCACUCCCCCCUCUUUCUUCCCCACUCGGCUCCUCUCCCCCCUCACGCCCACAGCGUUUGGUGUUGAUUCGAGCGGGAAGAGGGGGGUGGGUGGGAUUGGAGGGGAGACCAUGACCUCCAGCUACGGGCACGUUCUGGAGCGGCAACCGGCGCUGGGCGGCCGCUUGGACAGCCCGGGCAACCUCGACACUCUGCAGGCGAAAAAGAACUUCUCCGUCAGUCACCUGCUAGACCUGGAGGAGGCCGGGGACAUGGUGGCGGCACAGGCGGACGAAAGUGUGGGCGAGGCAGGCCGGAGCCUCCUGGAGUCACCCGGACUGACCAGCGGCAGCGACACCCCUCAGCAGGACAAUGAUCAGUUGAACUCAGAGGAGAAGAAGAAGAGAAAGCAGCGGAGAAACAGGACAACUUUCAAUAGCAGCCAGCUGCAGGCCCUGGAGCGUGUCUUUGAGCGGACACAUUACCCAGAUGCUUUUGUGCGAGAAGACCUUGCACGUCGGGUGAACCUCACUGAGGCCAGAGUGCAGGUGUGGUUUCAGAACCGAAGAGCCAAGUUCCGCAGGAAUGAGCGAGCCAUGCUGGCCAAUAAAAAUGCUUCCCUCCUCAAAUCCUACUCAGGAGACGUGACUGCUGUGGAGCAGCCCAUCGUACCUCGCCCUGCUCCCAGACCCACCGAUUAUCUCUCCUGGGGGACAGCCUCUCCAUACAGCGCCAUGGCUACUUAUUCUGCCACAUGUGCCAACAAUAGCCCUGCACAGGGUAUCAACAUGGCCAACAGCAUUGCCAACCUGAGACUGAAGGCCAAGGAAUAUAGUUUACAGAGGAACCAAGUGCCAACAGUCAACUGAGGAAAAAAUAAUAAUUAAACAGGCCUAAGAAGAAAUCAAAAACCAUAAGACACCUAUCCUGUUCUGUCAUUUCUUCAUCCGCUGGAAAAAAAAAAAAAUAAGAGCAAAAUCAAACAAAGCCAGAACUAAAAUAUUGGGACCAUGGCGGAGAAAAGCAGGAGAGGAACAAAGUGAAAAUUAGUUAACAAUUGUUUCUUCUUCCUCUCGGAAACCAUCACCAGUCGCUUCUAUAUGUGUUUAUUUUAUUUCCUUCUGUCCAUGCUUUGCUAAGUAUACUCCAAGUUUCUUCAGUUAGGCUCAGCCCACCCAUUCCUAUAAUUGUAUGAGAAAAAAAAAACUGAAACAGCCAAAGAAACACAUAUACAUAUAUGUUUUUAUAUAUGUAUAUAUGUGAAAGAUCCCUUCUCAGUAACCUGUUUGACCUCAGUGCCUUAUUCUCUCUCCUUUCAAGUCUCUCUAGGAGAUUUUGAAAAUCCAAAGUCUUUCUGAAGAAUCUGUAUUAUUGUGUUCAUGUCUUUUGAUCAUGGUAAGGUUUUUUCUAUCAGCUACAGGACAAAGAAAUGCACACAUGUUCUGGUCACUGAUCUGUCUGAUCGGUGUGGUUGUCCAUGCCUGGUGAACUCUAAGCUCUAAAAUCUAGAUUAUAGUGUCACCAUCAACACCACUCCUCACCUGAUUCAAACAAUAAACCAUCCUAAGUUAAAGAUAUUUUGUUUUUGAACAGUUGCUGUUACGCAUUCUUUGGAAGAAGAAACAAUUUUGGCUUUAAAAAUGGAGAGAAUAUUUUUUUUUGUGGGAAAACAAAUAUUGAAUUGUGAAAGGCAUAGCCUAUAUCUCUUUAGUGCCUUAAGGGAUGGCCAGAUACACACUUCACAUAUAUUUUUUUAUAUAUUAUAUAUAAAGUAUUCAAAGCUUGAGUUUGCAGUUUCCCAAACACUAUAUAAAAGCAAACUUUACAUCAUCACUACUGCCCUUACCUUCACAAUAAUGAUACAUUAAUGUGGCAUCUUGCUGUUUUUCACACUCUAUACAAAAUUCUCAUUAAGGUCGGGGAGCAAUUAGCCAGGCAGCUGUUUGAGAACAGCUUUCAUUUUCACAUUAGGGCUCUAAUGAAAUUAAGAAUUACUUGAUACUAUAAAAAUGACCUUGAGUUUGAAGCCUGAGGUCAAGUAUAAAGUCUGUGUCAUCUGAUCUGUCACAGGAAACAUGCAGAAGUGUGUGUGUGCAGGG